AUGGGCCUCAGCGGCGGGGCGAUAUUCCGCAAAAUGAUGGUGAAGCAUGGCGUCGAGCAUAUCUUUGGAUAUCCCGGCGGCGCGAUUCUCCCUGUAUUUGAUGCGAUCUAUAAAGCACCAGAAUUCGACUUUGUCCUACCGCGACACGAACAAGGGGCCGGCCACAUGGCCGAGGGAUAUGCGCGAGCAUGUGGAAGGCCGGGCGUUGUCCUUGUCACAUCAGGCCCCGGGGCAACGAAUCUCAUUACGCCCAUGAUGGACGCGCUCGCAGACGGAACCCCCAUGGUAGUGUUCUGCGGCCAGGUCUCCACUGGCCGCGUUGGGAUGGACGGGUUCCAAGAGGCCGAUGUCCUGGGCAUGUCACGAUCAUGCACGAAAUGGAACAUAUCAGUCAGAGACGUGGUAGAGCUUCCAUCACGAAUCAACGAGGCAUUUCAAAUCGCGACAUUCGGGCGCCCCGGUCCUGUGCUGGUUGAGCUGCCCAUAGAUGUGACGGCGUCGAUUCUACAGCGUCCGAUUCCCCGGUUGGACAUCAGUCGUCCCACGAAAUUGGGACUUGCGAUGAGUAAUAUCCAUCAACGAGAUCUUCAUAGUAGGAUCGAUCGUGUAGCCAGCUUGGUAAACACUGCAAAGCAGCCUGUUCUGUAUGUCGGACAGGGUAUGCUCGCCAGUCCCAGGGGCCCUGCACUGUUGAAGGAAUUGGCAGACAAAGCUUCAAUACCGGUCACUACCAGCCUUCAAGGACUGGGCGCAUUUGAUGAGACCGACCAAAAAGCUCUGCAUAUGCUCGGACUGCACGGAUCUGGGUACGCCAAUAUCGCCAUGCAAAACGCCGACCUUAUUAUUGCAUUGGGCGCGCGGUUCGACGACCGCGUUACCGGCAGCAUUCCGAAGUUUGCGCCAAAGGCCAAACAAGCAGCUGAUGAAGGGCGUGGAGGAAUUGUUCAUUUUGAUAUCACGCCGAAGAAUGUGAACAAGGUCGUUCAGGUGACAGAGGCGGUGCUCGGUGAUUGCGCAGAUAAUUUGGAACUGCUACUUCCCCUGGUUGAGAAGAAGAAUCGGCCAGAGUGGCUGUCAAAGAUUGAAUGCUGGAAAGAGCAGUUUCCCUUUUGCACUGUGCAGGAAGGCGAUGGCUACCAGGAUGGCCUGGUUCAACCACAGGCGCUUAUUGAGGCCCUGAAUCAUCUCGUGGAACCUGUCAAGGAACGUACAAUCAUUACAACAGGUGUCGGGCAACACCAAAUGUGGGCAGCGCAACACUUUCGCUGGAAACAUCCUCGGACGCUGGUGACAUCCGGGGGGCUGGGAACAAUGGGCUAUGGGCUUCCUGCAGCCAUUGGCGCAAAGCUUGCGCGUCGCGACGCUCUGGUAAUAGACAUUGAUGGUGACGCUUCGUUCAACAUGACCCUCAACGAACUACUCACAGCCAGUCAAUUCAACAUAGACGUAAAGGUGCUUGUUCUCAAUAACGAGGAACAGGGAAUGGUCACACAUCUGCAGUCUGUCUACUAUCAAGACCGCUUCUGCCACAGCCACCACACCAACCCUGAUUUUGUUGAAGCAGCAGAGGCAAUGGGUGUCCAGGCUGAUCGCUGCUCAACAUCGGGCGAAGUAAAGGAUAAGUUGAAAUGGCUGCUCAGCACCAAGGGGCCAGCUGUUCUGGAGGUAAUGACGACAAAAAAAGCCCUGUCUCUUCCUAUGGUCCCGGCUGGCAAAGGUCUUGAUGAGUUUGUAUAUUAUGACACGGAGAAAUAA